AUGGGUCAGAUACUUUCUAACCCUGUCAUUGAUAAAGAGCACCAUUCUGGUGCUGAUCUCCUCACCGCGUUUGGGCUAUGUGCCAUGCAAGGGUGGAGAAUGUCCAUGGAGGACUCUCACAUCGUUGAACCAAACCUGCAAGCGGAAAGCGACGAUGACCAUAUUGCGUUUUAUUCCAUAUUCGAUGGUCACGGUGGUGCUGGUGUUGCUCAGUUUGCCGGCGAAAAAGUUUCCGGUAUUCUACGAAGACAGGAAAGCUUCCAAAAGGGCAAUUUGACCCAGGCUCUAAUUGACACGUAUUUGGCCACCGACGAAGAGCUAUUGAAGGACCCUAUCCUUAAGAACGACCACAGUGGGUGUACAGCGACGUCUAUUUUGAUAUCGAAGUUGCAGAACGCACUUAUCUGCAGUAAUUCCGGUGAUAGCAGAACUGUGUUAUCCACCAAGGGUUACGCUAAGGCGCUGUCCUACGACCACAAGCCCACGCUGCUUAGUGAAAAGUCACGUAUUAUCGCUGCCGACGGGUUUGUAGAGAUGGACAGGGUGAACGGUAAUUUGGCGCUAUCUCGUGCGAUAGGUGAUUUUGAGUUCAAAUCGAACGAAGCCCUCGGGCCCCACGAACAAGUCGUUACGUGUGUUCCCGAUAUAAUGAGACACACUCUUGAUUUUGAUGCGGACGAGUUUGUCAUUUUGGCCUGUGACGGUAUCUGGGAUUGUCUGACCUCUCAAGAGUGUGUAGAUCUUGUCCACUACGGUAUAAAGCAAGGCGACAUGUCCCUUAACGAGAUUUCUUCCCGAAUCAUCGAUACCUGCUGUUCCCCAACCACGGAGGGUACUGGUAUCGGUUGUGACAAUAUGAGCAUAACCGUUGUAGCUCUGCUGAGGGAUUCAGAGACCACUGAGCAGUGGUUUGACAGAAUAAGGGCGAAGAAUUACGACUGUCCUAUUUCGUUUGAGUUGAAGCGGAAGGUCAUCUACAGUUACUACGAGUUCCCCGCCAACGAGUCCGUAUUUGAGAUCACCACGAAGAAACCACAGGAGAAAUUCCAUCAGGAUGCCAAUGGGAAGUACGACGACGAAGACACGGACAACAUGGAAGUGGAUGACACCGAUGCUGACGAGAACACGAGCAACAGCAUGAAGGCUCUUGGCGGGUUACCGCUAGAGGCACUUCUAGGGAACGGUAUCCAGAUAAACACUGGCGACAACGGCGGCGGCGCGUACCUAACGGGCAACCUAAGUGACAUGUUAGCGUCAUUCCGGAAAGUCGCCGCUGGGGGCAGACUGGACAACGGUGAAGAUGCCGACGACGACCACGCCGACGCCGAGCAAGACAACACUGAUGAGCAUGACGAAACCCAUAACUAA